UUCAUCUUUGGAUUUGGUUUUUGAGUGUUUCUUGAAAACCUUAUCUCUUCAACACUCCCUCAAAUUCUUCCUUCCUUCCUCUGCAUAAACCCUAACAAAAACCCUAGCAAAACCAUGGCUUUUCUCCCUUGUCCAUUGAGAUAUAGCAAAAUGAACAGUCUUUUUCUACUGAGGAAGUCUUCAUCUUCACUAACAUCAAAAAGGGUGUCCAUUAAUUCCAUUUCUCAUAUCUUCAGUGACAAAUUUAGUCCCAGAAAUGCCCUUCCAGUACCUCAAGUUCACAGCUUUACCACUUCUUUAACAAUAUCAGCACCACCAAUGAACAGGGUUGAUGGUAAAUUUGGGUAUAGUGUUAAGGGAUUUCAUGGGGGUGGUUGUUGUUUGCAGGCUGCAACAGCGACGGCAAUGGCGAUGGUGGAAUUAGAAGAGGAUUGUGAAGUAGGGCUUGAGAUUUCGAAACUUGGGAUUUCUGAGGAAAUUGUUUCAGCUUUGGCACAAAGGGGAAUUACUAGUCUUUUUCCAAUUCAGAGAGCUGUUUUGGAACCAGCAAUGCAGGGGUCAGACAUGAUUGGCCGAGCUAGAACUGGAACUGGAAAGACACUAGCUUUUGGCAUUCCUAUCAUGGAUAAGAUCAUUCGCUUCAACAGAAAAAAGGGACGGGGAAGAAACCCUUUAGCAUUGAUCUUGGCUCCCACUAGAGAACUUGCGCGCCAGGUGGAGAAGGAAUUUUAUGAGUCUGCUCCUAUUCUGGAUACGCUGUGUGUUUAUGGUGGGGUUCCCAUUUCACGCCAAAUGAGUACUCUUGACAGGGGAACAGACAUUGUUGUUGGGACACCUGGUCGUAUCAUUGAUUUGCUGAAGAGAGGGUCAUUAAAUUUAUCAGAUAUCCAGUUUGUUGUUCUAGAUGAAGCUGAUCAGAUGCUUAAUGUGGGAUUCGCAGAGGAUGUUGAAACCAUUCUAGAAAAUAUUAGGCAGAAACACCAAACAAUGAUGUUUUCAGCCACGAUGCCAAGUUGGAUAUUGAAACUUACCAAGAAGUUCUUGAAGAAACCAAUUCACGUUGAUCUUGUAGGAGACUCUGACCAGAAAUUAGCUGAUGGCAUUUCUUUGUAUUCAAUUGCUUGUGAGAUGCGUCAGAAACCAGCAGUUCUUGGACCCUUAAUAUCGGAGCAUGCAAAAGGAGGCAAAUGUAUUGUCUUCACUCAAACAAAGCGUGAUGCUGAUAGGCUGGCAGGUGCAAUGCAAAGAACUUUGAGGUGUGAAGCUUUGCAUGGAGAUAUCUCACAAAGCCAGAGGGAGAGAACUCUAUCUGGUUUCCGACAAGGUCAAUUUAAUGUAUUGGUGGCCACCGAUGUUGCUGCCCGAGGACUUGAUGUACCUAAUGUUGAUCUGGUGAUACAUUACGAACUUCCGAACAAUUCAGAGAUCUUUGUUCAUCGAUCUGGUCGAACUGGACGUGCUGGUAAGAAAGGAAGUGCCAUUCUCAUGCAUUCCUCAAAACAGCAUAGGGAUGUAAAAGGUAUUGAACAUGAUGCCGGAUGCAGAUUUACAGAGCUCCCAACAAUUAAAGUAGAGGCUGGAGCAGUAGAAAUGUAUAGUGAAAUGGGAAAAGAUGUUGGCCGCUUUGGUUCCUCUGGAGGAGGCACUAUGCGUAGUCGAUCUAGUGAUUUUGGUGGAGGCCGUUCUGGUGGCUAUGGAAAUAAGAGCAGCAAGUUUGGUCGAGAAGGCUCUUCAUCUUCUGUUCGAACAGGUGGAUAUAGCGCAACUGGUUCAGGAAGAUCAAGAGGUGGCUUUAGCGGACCUAGCUCAGGCCGCUCAGGAAAGUUUGGUGGUGGUUCAGGAGACACACGAGGCUCAAAACGUUUGGGUGGUUUCCGCAACUUUGGUGGUUUUGGAAGCUCCAAAAGUUCAAAUCGAUCGAAUAAUUUUGCAGAAGAGUUUGGUUCAGGCCGUUCUAGAAGAUUUGGAGAUUCAGAUCAUGACCGAAACAACCGUUCAAGCCGUUUUGAUGUCUUCGGAGAUGACAAUGAUAGUGGUGAAUGGUGAUCAGAGUUGAAGGAGGAACUAUUUCUAACUCUGUUGCAAGGAGGGGUGGCCACUCAAUAGAUGAUGGUGAAGAUGAAACUCCGAUAUGUGAAGUGUGUAUGUUUAUUACCAGGUGCUGUAGAAUAGCAGCAGCUGCAGAUGGUGAUGCUACGACUCGUUACAGUAGAAAAUAACACUUCAACAUCCACUUGGUCUCCAAAGGUAUACACGCUAUAUGUAACCGAUAGCUACCAAGUUCUCACCAUUGCUGGCGUUAUGUUUCUUCGCUUUAUGCUUAUAUUUUGUGAUGUCAAGCUUGAAACAAAUAUUUUUUUUGCAAGAGAUCAUAUUGGUACUUGCUAGUGAUAGAGUGGUUGUAAUGUUCAAGAGAUCAUAUUGGUACUUGCUAGUGAUAGUGGUUGUAAUGUUCAGUAUAAAUUUUGAACAAACCUUGGCCUUGUUAUUUAACCAGUUUAUGAGGAUGUAUUCAAUUUGUUGAAUCAAACAGGUGAAAAGGCUUACAUUGAAA